GCAUGAAACCAUAGAUACUGUACACUCCGCGUUAGUAAAGAGAAUAUAGCUCUAAAAGGUCGACUAAGCAACGCAACCACUAUCACUAAACAAUAAAAGAAGAAAUACAUAGCCCUUACUAUGAAGUCAUGAGAGGUCAAGGCCCGUGGUGUGUCUAAAAGUAUACUAAAGCAGUUUGAAGGACUAUACUGCAAACGUUUAUGAACAUUGGUAUUCAUUGGGAGUGCACUGAGUUUCUACUUUCCCUACGACUUCUGUCUCUAUGGCAAUAUGUCCCAGUCGUGGCAUACUUCCUGCGCUACGUCCCCAUCUUUAUUGCCAUGGCAAUGGCACCACCCCUUCUGUUUAUUCUUAGGAGGACAAGAUAUCGUGUGUUGGAGCAUUUGGACUGUGGUCUAUUAUCCUGCUACUGUACACUCUAGCCUCGAUUCCAGGCCGCUGAGAAAGGCGGGGCUGGAGUCGAGGCUACUGUAAACUCCUGUUGUGCACACUUCAGUCUCAGUUCUCAACUGUCCAUACGUCGACACUGUCGGAGAGUAUAUAUGGUUUGUGGAUGGAUCAGUCGAGUGUUUUACUGGAUGGCAUGCUCCACUGGGCAUCGUGGCCAUCAUUAUGUUGUUGCUAUGUUUUGCUCUCAUCCCCCUAACAGUAGUUAUAGCACUCAACAAGUACCCAAAGAGACGUCUCUAUUGGCUUAGGAACAUUUCUGCUCCAUUGAAGGAGAGCUACAAGGAUGACCUCAAGUGGUGGUUUAGUGUGGAGUUGGGAAGAAGACUUCUGCUAUUGUUACUCAUUGUCCCUCUACCAGUAACCAACGCUGUACCUCUCUUGAUUGUGUGCAUACUGGUGGCCGUGUAUAUACGGACUGUUUCAGCCCUACAAGUCAAUCGCAGUCAAUAUACUCGAGAUAUGCGUACUCUCAAACUUUCUCCUGCUAUAUUGAUGUUGCAGUCUACCCAGCUCAUAAAGGACAAUUACGUUGUAUUCCCAUUGCCUGAUGCCAUAACUGAGUUCAAUCUUACCACUACUGCUUGUCAAUUGUACUCCGGGAUUUCAACUCUGACUUGGAUUUUGUUGCCUUUCUACUACCUACCACUUCUCGGUUUGCUGGUUGUGAUUGGGGUGGUACUAAUAAACUAUUUAAGAACAAGGAUUAUGUGGCCCCAAAAAUCUGUUGACCUAACAAAUCUGGAGCGAAUCAACAGCAGUUACAUAUCACCGAGCACAAAUGUCCGUAGCGUGUCAGUGAGAAUAGGACACAGACGAGCAACUCACGGAGUGGCUGCCACAAGAAGUCACUUUUUAAUACAACAAAAGAAUAAUAGUAUAACUCACGAGGAGGAACUUAUGUCCCCUGUAUUUUCUCCCACUAGCUCAACUGUGUUUUUUAAUGCUGAAGAUGUACACAUUUCUGAUUCUUAAUUUUUUUUGUGUGUAACAUCAUAAUUAUAAUUAUAAUUAUAUUAUGUCAUGAUAAUGAACGAAUUAUUUAAUUACUCUUGAAUAAA